ACAUCUCGAUUUUUACUUUCAUUAAAAACAAUAAAGCAAGAUUUUUUUUUUUGCGCUUACUGACAGUGUGAUAUACGCACGGGACUGUUUUGCACUGUUUUUCACUGCAGAUUUUCUCCGGACUUUACGACGCGAUUUUCUGUGCUGUGCAUGGAAUGAAGUGAUUUUGAAACUCCGGCUGGUUUUAAUCAUGAUGUAAAUCCAGGAUGUUUGGGGAUGCACUUAUUUAAGUCAGAUCUGUGAUUAACUACAGUCAGAAAGUCUUUACUACAGACAGUGGAGGAUCUAGCUGCUGUGAACAGUGGUUGUAAAUGGAUCGCCUUUCCAGUUUUGUUUCACUUUGGCUGCAGCUGGAACUCUGUGCCAUGGCUGUUCUUCUCGUUAAAGGCGAAAUCAGAUGCUACUGUGAUGCACCACACUGUGUAGCCACCGGAUACAUGUGCAAGUCAGAACUUAAUGCCUGUUUUACCAAGUCUUUGGAUCCAUUUAACACAAACUCCCCACUAACACAUGGGUGUCUGGACCCGGUGUUAAACUCAGUGGAUGUGUGCAAUGGCAAGAAUAUGGACGUUACAAACGGGGGUCAGUCUCCAGUUGAAUGUUGUUACGAAGACAUGUGUAACUAUCGGGGUCUACAUGAUAUUGUGCACACUCGAAGUGACUCAACAGAUCGUUAUCAGACAGACAUCUCUAACCAGAACCUGAUCACACGGGUUCAGGAGUUGGCCUCGGCAAAGGAGGUGUGGUUCCGGGCGGCCGUCAUUGCCGUACCCAUUGCCGGAGGCCUGAUCCUGGUGCUGCUCAUCAUGCUGGCCCUCCGUAUGCUACGCAGCGAGAACAAGCGACUACGAGCACAAAGACAGCAGAUGCUCUCGCGUCUGCACUACAGCUUCCAUGGACACCACCAUGCCAAGAAGGGCCAUGUAGCAAAACUGGACCUGGAGUGUAUGGUGCCUGUAACAGGCCAUGAGAACUGCUGCGCAGGCUGUGAUAAGCUGCGACAGGCUGAACUGAGUGGCCGAGGGGGCGAUCGGCUCCUCUCACUUGUGCACUGGGGCAUGUACACAGGACACGGUAAACUGGAGUUUGUAUGACUACUCUUCAACUGAACUUGCUCUGGGACUGGUCUCAGAGUGCGAGGAUGCUUGAACUGCUUUUUUUUGCUGUACUAUUAAUAUUAUUUGUAAUUUUAUUAUUUCCUACUUGUAAAUAGAGAAAGAAAUGACAAGGACAGCAAUGUUUGCCUUGUUUGUAUUUUUGGUUGCCUUGAUGGAGCACUUUACUUGAAUUAAAGCUUGAGAGGGUGGUGUUUGUGAACUAUACCCCACCUAAUCAGGCUUUGUCCUGUGGAUCCUGGACUGACACUGAAGACUGAAGGAUUCGUCUUAUUUGCACAUUUGUAUAAAUGAUGAGAUGAAAAUAAUUUUUGUUGCAUUUCAAAUAAGUUUGACUUAGAAAGGUUUUACUGACACCAGGGUAUGAAUAUGGCCUUUUUCAAUUUCAGUCAUGUUCCAUAAAUAAAGGAUUCUGUGUUGACUAAACAUUUAAAAAUGUCUGGCUAUCAUUUUUAUUUUAUUUAUUAGAGUGUGUGAUAACUAGGGUUCAGGAAUACACUUGUUUUUAAUUACACAUAAGCAGGAUUGUUUCUGUGUGUUUUUAGGAAUAAAUGCUACAAUA